AUGGCGCUGAGCGCGCUGCUGGCCACCUUCCUCUGCACCAUCGUGCUGCCCGUGCUGCUGCUGCUGGUGGCGCUCAAGCUGUGGGACGUGUACGCGGUGCGCGGCCGGGACCCGCGCUGCCCGUGCCCGCUGCCGCCGGGAUCCAUGGGCUUACCGUUCAUCGGAGAGACGCUGCAGCUCAUCCUCCAGAGGAGAAAGUUUCUGCGGAUGAAGCGGCAGAAGUACGGCCUGAUCUACCGGACGCACCUCUUCGGGAGGCCCACGGUGCGGGUCAGCGGGGCGGAGAACGUGCGUCAGAUCCUGCUGGGGGAGCACCGGCUGGUGUCCGUGCAGUGGCCCGCCUCCGUGCGCACCAUCCUGGGCUCGGACACGCUCUCCAACGUGCACGGGCUCCAGCACAAGAACAAGAAGAAGGCGAUCCUGCGGGCGUUCUCCAGAGAGGCCCUGGAGCUCUACGUGCCCGUGAUCCAGGAGGAGGUUCGGGCCGCCGUGCAGGACUGGCUGCAGCGGGAGUCCUGCGUGCUGGUCUACCCCGAGAUGAAGCGCCUCAUGUUCCGCAUCGCCAUGAGGAUCCUGCUGGGCUUCCAGCCCGAGCAGAUCCGCACCGACGAGCAGCAGCUGGUGGAGGCCUUCGAGGAGAUGAUCAAGAACCUCUUCUCCCUGCCCAUCGACGUGCCCUUCAGCGGACUGUACCGGGGUCUGAAGGCCCGAAACUUCAUCCACUCAAAGAUCGAGGAGAACAUCAGGAAGAAGGUGCAGGACUCAGACCGAGGGUCCCAGCACCGAGACGCCCUGCAGCAGCUGAUCGACAGCAGCAGGCAGAGCGGCGAGGACUUCAGCCUGCAGGCCAUCAAGGAGUCCGCCACCGAGCUGCUGUUCGGCGGCCACGAGACCACGGCCAGCACGGCCACCUCACUGGUCAUGUUCCUGGGUUUGAACCCUGAAGUGGUGAAGAGACUGAGGCAGGAGCUGAAGGAAAAGGAGGAGCAGGGCCUGGACCUGCUCAGCCUGGACGUCCAGGGCUUGGAGCAGCUGAAGUUCGCCGGCUGUGUGAUCAAGGAGACCCUGAGGAUCAACCCCCCGGUGCCCGGAGGCUUCCGAGUGGCCCUCAAGACCUUCCAGCUGAACGGUUUCCAGAUCCCGGAAGGCUGGAACGUCAUCUACAGCAUCUGCGACACGCACGAGGUGGCGGACCUGUUCCCCGACCGGGAGGACUUCCGGCCGGAGCGCUUCCUGGCCGAGCCGCCCGCCGACGCCUGCCGCUUCCAGUACAUCCCCUUCGGCGGCGGCUCCAGGAUGUGCGUGGGCAAGGAGUUCGCCAAGGUCCUGCUGAAGGUCUUCCUGGUGGAGGUGGUGUCCCGGUGCCGCUGGACCUUGCUGAACGGACCCCCCACCAUGAAAACCGGACCCACCGUCUACCCUGUGGACAACCUGCCCACCAAGUUCAGCAGCUGCCUGGACUGA